AUGUCUACCGAAUGGUCUUUGGAUUUCUGUCUCGUCUGUGAUCGCCAGACCUCCGGCGGUCCCUACUGCUCUCAAUCAUGCCGACUCGUCGAGCUGGAUCGAACUUCUCCCGAAGAUAGCUUGCAGCCUCGAAAGGCCACCAAGUCACACUCUCACUCACACUCUCGUUCAUCCACAGCCGAUUCCAACAUUGAUAUGCGAUCGGCACGAAGCCUAUCGGCUUCCUCCUCCCAAACCUCUUUAUCCUCCCUGAGGAGCCACGCAUCAAAUGCCACCAUCUCCGAUCACCUUCAGGAUGAACUCCGUGACUAUGCGAGCUCCUUCGAUCCCGUCCGAGACCUGAAGCGACGAUUGACCACUUCUUGA